AUUCAUGGGCACGGGCUCGCGUCCUGGGAUUGGAUCCAGCGACAGGCAGUCGGGCUACAAAUACAAGCGCUCAAGGGAUGUUCUUUCAGUGACCGCUCCGUAGCAGUUAAUGAGUGUUACCUUGUGAUUUGUUUUCUUCCAAUUAUCAGUGUUGUUUUUUUUUCUUCGUGUAAAACAUUUGGUACCUUGGUCAGCACUUUGAUUGAUUUCAUCGACUGAAAAAUAUUGUCUGGCUGUAAACGUAUCUCAACCGAGCUUGGUUUUCAAACUGAUUUUAAAAUAGCAUGCGAAGCUUUUCUACAACUCCAGGCUGUUUUCAUGCAAGGAUGUACCCUGCCAACCUCUGCAGCACCUCUGUCGCGUCAUGGAAUGUCCCUCACUGCAACUGCUAAAUAGGCGCAUCAACCACAACGAACACAUUUGGGAGCUGGCCGGAUAACACGAGAGAACGCUGUACUAAAUCAGGAGCACCUUCCUCAACGGCAUCUAGGAAUAUAUCUUCCCCAUUUUAUACUGUUAUUGAGCUCUGUGAGUUUAGCUUUAAAUUGCAUAAAUAGUUAUAUUGAAUUACACUGACUUGAUUUAGUAUAAAUAUUUUAAUCGCUGGAUCAUUUAAAUGUUAAAAGUAAUCCCUUUAUUUAAAAAAAUUGAGUUAGCAGACGUUUUCUAACUAAAAAAGGAGAAAAGAAAUACAUUUAAUUGCUGUUUGGGUGUUUUAUUUUUAAAGGAACACUAUAGAAAUAUUUUAAUACACUUCCUAGAUCGUUAUUUGAAAGUUAAGUUGGAAUCUUAUGUUAUAAACUACUUUUAAUAAAACCUCAAACUAAAUCUAGCAAUAUCUAGUCUUGGGUGUUAAAAAAAUAAAGAUUUAGUCUAAGUAUAAUUAUUAUCACUUGUCAUUACUGUAAUAAUAAGUGGACUCCACUUACUGGAAUAAACACUCGGACGAAGAUUAUUUUCAAUAAUAACAGGCUUAGAACCUCAACAAUUUAGCUUCUGGCUUUGAACAUCCGAGAAGUAGAGCGAGUCAGUGCCGACAACUGCAAAGUUGCGUUAUAAUCCCAAGUCACUGUAAGAAAUCCCAUCGCCAAGAUGAUGCUAACAGAGUACAUGUGGAUGGUGAUCGUUGGCUUCAUCAUAGCCUUCAUCCUCGCCUUCUCCGUGGGCGCCAAUGAUGUGGCCAACUCGUUUGGCACGGCCGUGGGCUCCGGCGUCGUCACCCUCAAGCAGGCCUGCAUCCUGGCCUCCAUCUUCGAGACGCUGGGCUCCAUUAUGCUGGGAGCCAAAGUGGGUGAAACGAUCCGCAAGGGCAUCGUGGACGUCGACCUGUACAACGAAACUGCGGAGGUGCUCAUGGCCGGCGAGGUCAGCGCCAUGGUCGGCUCGGCAGCAUGGCAGCUCAUCGCUUCGUUUCUCAAGUUGCCCAUCUCUGGAACGCACUGCAUUGUGGGCGCGACCAUCGGCUUCUCCCUGGUGGCCAUCGGAACGCACAGUGUGCAGUGGUUUCAGCUCAUCAAGAUUGUUUCUUCUUGGUUCAUAUCGCCACUGCUUUCGGGGAUCAUGUCUGCCCUUCUAUUCUACCUGGUCCGUUACUUCAUUCUGAACAAGGAGGAUCCUCUCCCCAACGGUCUUCGUGCUCUGCCUGUCUUCUACGCUGCCACCAUGGGCAUCAAUGUCUUCUCGAUCAUGUACACCGGCGCCCCGCUUCUAGGUUUUCACUACGUCCAGACGUGGAUUAUAGCGCUCAUCACCGUUGGCAUCUCCAUCAUCACCGGCGUCCUCGUGUGGUUCUGCGUCUGUCCCCGGAUGAAGAAGAGGAUAGAAAGAAAGAAAGCGGAGCAGGUACGGUUGCGUGCAGAGGGCAGCUCUGCACGUGUGGGCCGGGAGGUGGUCCAGAACCCCAUGUUCGCCGAUGACUCUUCCGAGGACCGGGACAACGAGGACGAGUCCUCCAAGCCGGCACUGCCCAUGGCUCUGACCAACGGUGGUGCCACCGUUGCGCCCACCGAGGUGGCAGGUGCCACGGUGCCGCUGCUCAGCCCAUCCAGCGACCCUGGCAAAAUCAAGGUGGAUGGGAACGUUGGCAAAGCUGCUGCGGCCGGCACCGAUGGCGCGUCCGGACGCCCGGCCGCGCUGCCUAUCCAGGUGGGCGACCUCUUCAAGAACGACGGCUACAGCCACUACCACACGGUGCACCAGGACUCGGGCAUCUACCGUGACCUCCUACAGAAGCUGCACCUUGGACCGGGCGGCGCCAACUCCGCGGGAGGGGCACCCGGGGCGGCCCAACCGACGCACCCGCACGGAGUGCACCACUCCAUCUCCCAGCCGCACCAUCACCACCAGUACCGCUCGCUGCGCCGCAACAACAGCUACACCAGCUACACCGCCGCCAUCUGCGGGGUGCCCAUCCAGGCGCUGAGUCAGCCGGAGCCGGUCGCCGCCACCAUCUCCACGGAGGACAGCUUGAAACUCGUGCCCAGGGCAUCGUUCUCCAAGAGGCGCAUGCGGUACGACAGCUACUCCAGCUACUGCAAUGCGGUGGCGGAGGAGGAGGAAGCGGCGGCAUCAGGGGGGGGCCCGGGGGGCAGCAGCGGCCUUGGGGGUGCCGGUGGGGGGCUGCUGGACUCGUCGCAAGUGCGCGUGGUAGUGGGGGGCGCGGCGCGGGCGACGCCGGUUGGGCAGGCGGCCGGCGCCGGCGGCGUGGCGGGGGAGACGGCCGAGUGCGACUUGUCGCAGGACGGCUCGUCGGACGGCGAGGAGGACGACGAGAAGGACCCGCUGGAGGCCAACCUUCUCUUCCACUUCCUGCAGAUCCUCACCGCCUGCUUCGGCUCCUUCGCUCACGGAGGGAACGACGUCAGCAAUGCGAUUGGACCGCUGGUCGCGCUGUGGCUCAUCUACACGGAGGGCUCGGUGAUGCAGAAAGCCGCGACGCCAGUGUGGCUGCUGCUGUACGGGGGCUUGGGCAUCUGCAUCGGCCUGUGGGUGUGGGGCCGCCGGGUUAUCCAGACCAUGGGCAAGGACCUCACUCCCAUCACGCCGUCGAGCGGUUUCUCAAUUGAGCUAGCCUCGGCCUUCACAGUCGUGAUCGCCUCGAACAUCGGCCUGCCGAUUAGUACCACCCACUGUAAGGUUGGCUCCGUGGUGUCCGUGGGCUGGCUGCGGGCGCGCAAGGCGGUCGACUGGCGCCUCUUCCGCAACAUCUUCAUGGCGUGGUUCGUGACGGUUCCCAUCUCAGGGCUCUUCAGCGCAGCCAUCAUGGCCCUCUUCGUCUAUGCUAUCUUGCCGUAUGUCUAGGAGCGUGUGUGCAAGCGGGAGAGGAGAUCCGAGGGUCAGAGAGGUGAAGCUUGGGGGGGUGGGGGGGAGGGGGUGGGAGGAUGGAGAGAGAAGGUUUUUUCGUAAAAUGUUAAGAAAGUUGCUGAGGUUAGCAAGGUGUAGUUAUUGGUUUGACGAGUUCUGUCAGCUUUUGUUGUGGGGCAUUAGCUCAGUAAUGCAAUGCAGAAUAGUUGAAUGGUAGAUUUGAAAUUAAAAUUACUCAGUCGGCCUUUCUGCGGCUGAGCUACUGCUGAGACCAGAAGCAUUCCUAUUUGUGCGCACAUCCCAAUAAGUUAAUGAUCAGAAUUCCCUGCAGCUUUUUGUUAAUGCCUACACUGUAUCAUUAAGAUCUGCACUAUGUGUAGGGUUGCAGAAAACUAUUAAAGAGAAACCACUUCAAUUAGGGCUUAGGAUUCUGGCUCAUCUCUCUUACUGUUGUUUUGUUCGAGUGCACAUUAUGUAUGUGCACUCUACAACAUUCGAAACACAUCCACAUAGUCUGCAUACGACAGUUUGUCCUUGAAAUAAUGUGGGUGGAUAAUGCCGUAUCCCACGUAUACUGAUUUUUUUUGGGGAACCCCUACAAAAUUCUAAUUUUUGGAAGAAAAACAUUUAAAUCGAACUCCCGAAGCUCAAAAACUGAACCUCGUGCGCAACAAUGCUGCCUUGUCAUAAGCGGAGUCUCCAUGCCGCGCAACAACAAAGUCACGUGCCAGGCAGUCCCAGUUGAGUACUCUGCAGUAACUAUUCAACACUACUCUACAGUGCCCUAAUGCUCCACCACACCUGUAAACCAAGAGUUACGUACUUAUAAUUUUAGAUUUUAAUUCACUUGAUACCUUAAUAUUGAAUAUUACAGUAUUUUUUUUAUAUUCAAUAUGAUUUUUUGAGCACUCAAAAUUGUUAUUACAAACCAUACAUGGGCUAAAUUUAGUUUGUAUAAAAAAAACAAGUUAUACCAGGGUACCCACCCCUGAAUUACCCCAGUAUUUCGAGGACAUAGUGUAUUAUGCUAUUCACAUCUAUUGAAGGACCACAGUCUUUUUUAUAUGCAGUGCGCCAUUUCUGUUGCACCGACAGCCCACACUUUUUAAUUGGCUACCGUCGGCAGGAGCAGCAGGCACAACGUAUUCCCAGCCAUAGGAAAAACAACUUCCUGGCAAGCCACAGAAAGAUCCUUUUCUGGGCUCCCAGGUUGAAGAGUUUGGCAGUAGCCUGCUGAAUGGAGGUGUAGAUCAAUAGGUGGCUUGCGUUGGCGUCUACGAAGACAGACAGCACCUUCAAACUCCCAUUGUGUCUCCACGUUGUUGUCACCAAGUGCAGUCUUUAUUGCGGUCGAGAUCGGCCAUACAUUCGAGCCCUUGCCAACCCGCAACUUUUGAACGAUCCCUUUUAACACCAGCAUUAUAUUGAACCUAGUUCCUGCAAACAUGACGACAUUUAAAGAGCUACCACCGGAGAAAUGUACGUGUGUACAUAUGACGGCCAAAAAAUUAUAAACCAUUGUUGUUUCAAUGCUAUUUUUGUUAUUCACCUGGCAAAAAAUAUUGAGGUGCGGUACAAUAUCACAUCUGACUUGCCCGGGACAGAGGUAUAAACAUCUGUAGAAAAUUAUACUUGCACCAUGCACAAAUAUAUUGCCUGACAAAAUAAAUUCCAGUAAAAUUGUGAGGGCAGACAUGAUCGUCGGAUAUGCGACGUUGUACUGUACAAUCCAUUAAUGGUAAUGCUUUGUAACAUUUUUUUGUAUUUGUUAGCUUGAUUUAACAUUUAAUUAUGUAGACAUAAACAAAAAAACCUGUUGAAAGUAUUGAUGAAUUUGUUAAAUUAAUAACAUUUUACAAUUCAUUUUAGCAAGUUAGCAAACAUGACUUUGGUACUUACCAUGGUCGUGACAUUAUUGAGGUUUUCAAAUGAUUAUGGUCGAAUGUGGUGACAAAAACCAAUCUCGGUUUCGGUGCACGAAAACAGCCAAUAAAGAAUUCAGUUUAACAUUGUUGUACAAUACUGUAAUACACGCUUUGUAUGCGUCCAACCUAAACUAUUCGUUCUUGAGUAAAUGCAAUUAUGGUGUGCAGCAUCAUUUAGGCUUGAGGUACCUGAAUCAAUUGUCUGUAAACCUGUCAUUUUAAAUGUUUUCUGAUAAAUACCUGCAUAUUCUAAUGCCAAAUAUUUUAAGCUUCUCAUACAUGUUCAUAAUUGUACUGAAACGUUUACUUUUAAUUCGCAUUCAUUUUUAUAAAACUAACAACAUAUACCAACUUUCUAAAACGUGGCUUUAACUGUCAUAGAUCAACUGGAUUGUCAGCAGUCGCUUAAGUUAUAAUUUUGAUAAAUAUGCAUAAACAAUGUUUCUCCCCCCCCCCCCCCAUAACAGAGGGCUUCUGUUAAAUAUAAGAAGACUCGUAAACUUGAUUUUAGAAAUAUAAUCACACAAUAAGUUUGCACACGUCUCCAAUUACGUAUGUUGCAUAUCACAAAUUGCCUCGCUUCUGUGGUCGGGGUAUAGUGUUUUUGAAUUCAUUAUGGUAGACUCAUCAGUCAUCAGUAUGAAACUGUAUAUGGGCUUUGUUAAUGCACACAUCAGCAGCCACCACAAUUCUCAAUUGCCUCAUGAGGUAAAAAAGACAGCUAAUAUCAAUAUUUUAAGCAUCUAUGACUACACACUUGCUGUUGUGUAGGUACAUAAUUCAUAAGUUAUUUUUUAAAAUACUGGCACAUUACUAGUGUCAUUCACUGAAUGUUUUUUUUUAUCAACUUAAACACCUCCAAGUUACUUACUCGUGCACAUACACAUGUAGAGGGCAGUGAAAACAUUUGGAAAUUGAAUAUAAAUUAAUUAUGCACGUAAAAAUUGUUACUUUAAAAGCAGUGAAUGCUUAAUUGGUGUUUCAAAUAUAUAUACUGGAUGAAUUACGAUGUGCAUAUUUUUUUUAAUUCAAUGUCUCGUUCUUGAAAUGUUUAACUAUCCCCCAGUAUAUGUUGUAAGAUUUCCACUUUGCUGUUUAGAAACCCCCCCUUGUUCUUUCGGGGAAAUGUUAAUGUACUAAUGGAUAUGUAGUUUGUUUCUAAUGAUUUUGCUGAAAUGGUGUGUACGGAUAAGACAAUGCAAUCAUCAUUAAUAUUUAAAUUAUUUUUUUAUCUUGCUGUUUUAACCAAAUUAAUAAUGGCACCUUCCAAAUGAGUUGUUAUCAAAACUUUACCCCUUGGGUUGAGCAAUACAUAGUUUAAAGUGAGGGUUGGAAAGAUCUAUAUUAUACAUAGUGGAAUAUGCUCUAGAUGUGUACACAGGGGAGUGGUGCUUGCAGUUUGGGAACUGGUUUACAGGUGUAUUUGUAUUUUGUACAGCAGUUGCUUUUAGUGUAUGAAUCAUACUAUACGACCAUAAGUGGUUUAUAUAAUACAAGUGCAUAUUCUGACUUGGCUUUCGUAACCAGUGUUCAAUAUGUUCAGUAUCAUCUAAAUAGACGGCUCGUAAUUGCAUGACAGCACAUGAGCUGUGAUAAUAAAGUUUCCGGGCACACACCUAUUGUUGAUAUCUCCCAUAAUCUCGCUACAAGAUAGACCGUGCACACUGGUAGUGCAUAAAGUGUGUGUGUAGAAGGGGGUGGGGGGGGGGAUGGUCCCUGCUUUCCAUAAUGGAAAGUUGAUUGAACCCGAGUAAAUAAGCCGCUUUCACUGAGAAAACGAACUCGAAAAACGAUUUACCUGUCUUCAAAGACCCUGUUGCGGUGUGAUCAUUGCAUAUACUGUAUAUGGUUUUGGGUGUGUUGUAGUCCAGUGUGUCAGAUAUGUUGGGACACACAAACGGUUAGAACAGGAGAAACACACGCAAAAGAUGUGGAAAUAAAUGUCAAUUUAAUCCCUUCCUGUAGUGGACUGGAUGAAAGAUGAAUGUAUCCAGUAAACGUAGUGACUGAGCUUAAAUAUCAUUGGUCUUUGCUCUAUUUGGACCGAGCAAAUGGAAAUUCACAUUUAAAACGUCGUCUGCGGGCAUGUUUCCACGUCCUACCGCGCAAUGCUACAGGGAUUCCCUUGGUAGUGAAAUUAAAUGAAAAAACAUGAAACCAGAGUAUGGUAAUGCAUUUUUUUUUUGAGUUUCGUAACAAAUAAAAAAAAAUCCCAUAUGAAAUUCAGCGAGUUUAAAACUACCGUUCAUAUAUAGUUUUAUUUCCAUUAGCAAAAAUGUUACUGGGAUAAAUUGUUUUAAACAUAGCAUACAUACUACACAUACUGGAUGAGUGAUUCAUUAUUGAAGAUUACUUAUUGGAAAACAAAAACGGAAUUCCUUCAACUGGAAAAUGUUUCUGUGGAUUUUUUUAUGAUUCUUGAUCAAAUUUAAUACAUAUCCCAGAUGCGUAUCGAUUACCUUGUGUUAUUUUCAUGUUCGCCAUCAUAAAUCGUACAUACUAAAAACUACUCCCUCAAAUGUGGCGUUUCAUCUCUUGAUUCAAACUGCCAUAGUUAUGAUUUAUCCCAGGUAAUAUUUCAGAAGACGUGGAUAUUGUUCCCAAUAAGAAUUCGGUAAGUUCCAAAGGACAUGUGUGUGUACAGACGUGUGGCGUGUGAGCCUACACGACUAGGCCGUUUCCCUCAUUCAGCAGAUCGUAGAGUAAAACGUUUGAGAUUCGACGAAAGCACUUGAAAAGUCAAUUAAAUCCGUUCAGAAUGAAGUGUUGCUGUCCAUUCAUAUGGGGGAAAAAUUAGAGGAAUGAUCAUGCGUAGAAUGUUGGCAAUAAUGUAUAUCACAUUAAAAUUAAUUCAAAUAGUUUUUACGUUGGUUUCAUAUGAUCUAUAGGGUGUUGCGACCACUUGCCACAGCCACGUCGUCUUAUGGCAUCAUUACACUACUUUUUGAUAUUCAAGUCAUUUUUUUGGUUCUAUAUUUACAGUACAGCAGUACAAUACAUGCAUACAGACACGUUUAUGUUUUGCAUGGUGUUGGGUUGACUUAUGUUGUUUUGUGACGCCAAAUUUAUUUUAGAAUGUUAGUUUGUUAGAUACUUUCCAGGUCAAACUAUUGCAGCAGAAAAUUAUUUUGUUAAUUUUAGGAAUUACAUUUAAGUCAUUCAUUGGAUCUUACAGGCCUGUUGCCAGUAGUAAAACAAACAAAAUACUAAACCCUGAAGGCUCCUGCAGGUAUUGUAUCUUGGAAAGUGAUUAUGCCUGUAAAUAUAUGAAUAGUGAAAACUGUUGCCAAGCCCUCUGGGAUGCUGUAUUACUUAUAUAGGCAUUGUGUGCGUGUUUGAAUUUGUGACUUUUAAAGAAAAAAAAAUACUGCUCAUUAACUUCAUAGGUCUUCCAUUCAGUGUUUUUUUUAUUUUCUGACAAAAUCAGUUUCGGUGUCAUGUGUGCAAGUGUACAACAAUGUCCUACAUUUCGUACUGUAAAAAUGAAAUGUUUACUAUAAAUAAACUUUUCGGUUGAACCAUU